CCAUUCCAAAGCAGACACAGAAGUCAGAUUACAAGAGAAGGCAUUGAUAUACUGCAUUGUUUCCACAGCUGGUCUAAUGAGCUGACCUCAGAACUUUUGGCCUUGUCCAUACCAUUCUCUGUCUGUCAGAGUUUUAAUCACCACCUACAACUUAAUUUCAAACCAGAAUUUGCAUUCCAGAUUGUGGCUUUCACUUAGUAGUGAUCUCUCAGAGCCUGGGAAAAACAUGUAGGCAGAACAGUCCAGACUGCAUGGUUAAAAUGAAGAAGGAAAUCUAAUUCUCAUAUGUCAAUCACAGGCUUUGCUAAGCUUACAUCUCCACUUCAAACAAACAAAUAAAGUUCUGCUGUAUGCUGAUUGACAAGGCAAAGGGACAUGCAGUUCAGGCAGCUACCACACAGAAUAAUCUCCUAUUCCAGAGGAGGAUGUAGUUCCUUUCAAGGUGCUGGGGAAGAAAUUGCAGUGGUACAGCCAAAGACAUGGAAAUGCGUUUUGGUUAUAUCUGCAAUGACAUAAAGAAGCAAUCUUUGAGCCCAGACCUGCAUCGGUUACCUACAUCCAUAAAAGCUAAGCAGUCAUCUAACCAUCCUCUAACUAAAUCUGUCUACACUGAUGGAACUCAUUCAAUCCCUCUUAGUCCAAUCGUGAAAAGAAAAAUUCAGGUUCAUUCCUUCAAUAAUACUGUCAGUCACUUUCCUACUAAUACUCACCAAGCAGGUGGUUUGAACACCAUGUCUCAAAUUCCAGUUUUUAAAAGCAAGAUAACAUCAAGUUGUAGAGUCAAAUUUAAAGAUCAUAAAGAGUCAGACAACGUUAAACAUGAUCUGAUAUCUUCAGGCUCUGAUAUUUUCAAAACCACUUCAAAGCAUAUUGCAUCUUCAGCCCAUAACUUAAAUAACAGUACAGCAUUUCUGCAACAUAAAACAAAGUUCAAUUCCUUUUCAGCUGCAGAGGUGGAAAAUCAGCAUCCUAGCUUGAUCCCUUCCAUAAGGCAAUACCCAAGUUCUUAUCUACCGAAAAAACAGCUUUCCACCAUUAAGGUCAUAAGAAAUGAAGAAUAUGAGAACCAGAAAAAAACUGAUUUCACGGUUAUUACACAACAACCUAUCACAACUUCUCUAGUUUCAAAUCUAAGCCAUGAAUUUCAGGAAAGGCCAACAACAGCCAAUACUGAGUCCUUCACUGAAAAUACUCAGGAUGCUGAUAACCAAAAUGGUUCAGUAACUCAAACCAAAACACAAGAACCUAAUGAAGUCCCAUACUUGUUACAAGGAUGUCCAUCUCCUCACCACUGUCUUAUGACAUUUUCAACUGCAGUUCUAAGUUCUGCAUCAGCUAUUCCACCUGAAUCUCAAAUUCAAUCAGAGGGAACAGAAAAUAAAGUACCAGAGACAUUACUUAAUGGCAAUGAAAUGGCAUUUAACAAGAAUGAAGAUAGCACAUUAAAUCAAGCCACAUUUGUGAAUAGUGUAGAGUUGUACUGGACUCCAGCAUCUUCAGGUGACCUUCUGUGUUAUGACAAUGACAUUUCCAGAGCAGAAAGGCAUCAUGGCAGCUCCUCACUGUUGGCAUUCCAGAGCUCGGACAAACCAGUCCCCAUGACAACAGAUACCAGCUGGGUGCGAGGAUCGGCAGAAAACAGCAAAUCAGAUUCGGCUAUGUCGGAGAUGGUGCCAGAGACCAGGCCCAAACCGACAGUGCCUAUGAAGCCCAUGAGCAUGGGCUCUCACCUUUUGGGUUAUGUUGGCAUCGACACCAUCAUUGAUCAGAUGCGCAGGAAGACCAUGAAGACAGGCUUUGACUUCAACAUCAUGGUUGUAGGUCAGAGUGGGUUGGGCAAAUCUACACUAGUGAACACUCUCUUCAAGUCUCAAGUUAGUAGAAAGUCAUCAGGCUGGAAUCGAGAUGAUAAAAUCCCUAAAACAGUAGACAUCAAAGCUGUCACCCACGUUAUCGAAGAGGGUGGUGUAAAAAUGAAGCUGACCGUGAUCGACACUCCUGGCUUUGGGGACCAAAUCAAUAACGAAAACUGCUGGGAACCUAUUGAGAAAUACAUCAAUGAGCAGUAUGAGAAGUUCCUGAAGGAAGAAGUAAACAUUGCCAGGAAAAAGAGAAUUCCUGACACCCGGGUUCACUGCUGCCUCUACUUCAUAUCACCCACUGGACACUCAUUACGGCCCCUGGAUAUUGAAUUUAUGAAGCAUCUAAAUAAAGUAGUUAAUAUCAUUCCAGUCAUUGCUAAAGCAGACACUAUGACACCAGAAGAGAAGAUAGAAUUCAAGCAAAGAGUGCGCAAAGAGCUGGAGAUAAAUGGGAUAGAAUUCUACCCUCAGAAAGAAUUUGAUGAGGACAUGGAAGAUAAAACAGAACAUGACAAGAUAAGACAGGAAUGCAUGCCAUUUGCAGUGGUAGGCAGUGACAAGGAAUACCAAGUGAAUGGAAAACGGGUCCUGGGUCGAAAGACUCCCUGGGGAAUCAUUGAAGUUGAAAACAUCGCACACUGUGAAUUUGCCCUUUUGCGAGACUUUGUAAUCAGGACCCACCUUCAAGACUUAAAGGAAGUGACCCAUAAUAUCCACUAUGAAACGUACAGGGCCAAGAGGCUGAAUGACAAUGGAGGACUCCCACCUGUAAGCACAGACACAGAAGAAUCACAUGACAGCAACCUGUGAAUAAUUCUAUUUCAUAUUCUCUUUACUAGGCCUGUACAACUUUUAUGCACCUGACUUUUAUGAACCUUCCCCAGUACUUCCACCUUUUUGUACUGGACAGUUUUCUCUCAGUAUUAAUGUGAUCAUCUGAGUUCAAAUUGUACAGUUUUUUAAGGUGUAACUAAAUAUUUUCCGGUAGUAAAAAUGAUCAAAACUAGGACCACUAACUAAUAAUUCUCUUACUGUUUGGAACCUUAGUAUUGUUCAUUUUAUGGAAAAGUCUUGAAUUAUUACUAUUUAACUGGAUUAUUAUUUUAACUGUGUUGGUGUAUAUACAAUGUUAAUAAUUUAACACAUUUUCAUUUAAAGUCUUUAUCUUGUUGCUUUAUUUUGUACUUUAAUCAACUGUCUUUCCCAAUCUCUACCCUUCACUCCAGUCUCUUAAUUAUUAAAUGUUUUCAGACAUACAAACAUGAACCUGCAGAGAAUUUCUAAUUCAAGGAGCAGCUUCCUAAACAGAGAUUAAGUAGAAAGUAUUAUAAAGCCAUUAGCAAACGGCAUCUAGGCUGUGUUUUGGUGGCCAUUCUAAGAAUAAGAACAUGGCUUUUCUGAUGCUUGGAGAGUCACAAUGGUGGACUCUUUUUUUAUAGUCUUGUAACAAAGACAGGACAUCUGCUGACCAUUGUAUUAAGCAGUUUUCAUACAUGCUUUGUGUUUAAUACUGUGAAAAUGUUGUGAUGUCUGAAGUGUAAGAAGUGAGACAUGAAGAAGUGAGACAUGAAGCCUCCUGUGACACUUUUUUUAAUGUUGGUCUGUCACAUGUACUCGUCUAUGAGGCUGAAUUCCAGCUUAGGAAUGCAGCAGUUGGACUUUGCACCAAAAAGACAUUGAAUCUUAGUGAAUGAAUCAUUUUCUUAACAAGAAAUGUAACAAAUACUGUUAGCUCAUUAAUACGUUUGAAAAUGUCACAUGGAUAUCUUAGUGCACUUGUCUGGGUGCAGAGAAUGUUAGCAAUGCAGAUAAACAUUUUGUUUUUGAUCUUUGAUAAUACCUGUAUCCAUCUUUUACUUAACCAAACCAGGAAAGAGCAUGGCUACUUGUUUAUUUCUAUUACUCAAUCAAAACAAAAGAAUUCUGUGCCACACUACAUUUAAAUCCUGAAGAAGGCCACAGAUGACCACUGCUGAGACUGGUAAUGCAAGAAUAUGUCUGAUCUAGUUUCAUGCAGAUAUUAUGGCAUUAUGGUCUCAAUGUGUUUGUCACUGCUGUCCACUGUUGUUGUACAAAAACUGUAAGCACCUAUAUUUUCUUGCCUACACUGACUGCCUGAGUGUAUCACACAAAACAUCAGAACCCAGUAAAAAAACUCAGUGAUAUAAAUACAAAUGUGUAUUUACACUUAUAAGUGUAAAGUAUUAUUGGGCAUGCUAUUGUCCUACUGAAUUUUACAAGAACUGCCGUUCGAUUUUGUCACAGAUUCAAAAAAUGCACAACCCUGUAAAAAUACCUUCCUGCCAAUGCAAUGUACUUCCACUUUUAUGUCAGGGAAUGUGAAAUUAUUGGUUCUGAGCAGCAUUAACUAUACCCAAAGUCUGUACUCUUCAAGUCCCAGGUAGAAACUUACAAUGUUAUAAUAAAAUAGAAACAGUCACUGUUACUUAUAAAUAAAACUCUCAGUAAAAGCCUGCCUACUGCAUGAGGAUAGAAAUGAGUAAAUGUAACUAAUGUUCAUUUCUUUGACUUAAAAUUGCUCAAACUCAAGUAAAACUUCUAUAUUUUAAACAGAUUAGUUUUCCAGUGAAAAUAUAAACAGUGGCAUUUUCUCCUACAGGAAGAGAAUCAUUUUAUCCCUCAUGAGCAAGGUUUGCUCCUCACUCUUAACACACCGUUUAUAUAAACUAGCAAAUGAAUAGCGCACCUCAUGGAUAAUAACUGUUUUGUUUCCACACAAGAGUGAGAUUGAAAGAUUAAUUUAGCAAAGGGUAGUACUUCUGGCAAAGAUUUCCUGAGGCAACCCUUCUUUGAAAGUUAUGUUUCAACAAAGUGUUCAUGUCCUGAGUACUCGGACAUUGGAAAUGAAAAGAAGUACCUCAGUAAAUAUUAUUCUGAUAGUUUCAAUGCAGUGACUGUAUAACCUCUAAAACAAACAUUACAGUUUGUAAUUAGGUAUCUGCAUCAUCCAGUCUGACAUAUUCACUUUAUAAAAAGAUAAAAACAAGUUUCACAAUAUACAGAGAUAAUUUUUUUUUCUAUCAGCCAUGCUGUCGUGUAUAAGUUUGCAGAAUGAAGAAAUGUAUUACUUCUAAGUAUAGUUAUUAAUAUAAUGUAAAUUCUCAAGCAGUUUACUGCCUGUGAAGCAUAGCUGUCUGGGCUAUUUAAAUUAGGGCAAUUCAAAAAAAUGUCAAGUGUGCUGGACAAAAGAGUGAUACAAAAGAUGAGGAAAAUAAAUGUUACACACUGCUACUAAUAGAUCUCAUUAUAGACAAUGACUGAAAUAUACUGUGUUGUUAUAGAAGACACUUUUUUUGCCUCCUAUCCUUCAUGUUUUUACUUUACAGCAGUAAGCACUUUUCUGGCCUCCUAUCCUCCAUGUUUUUAAUUUAAGUAGGCACUUUUCUGACCUUCUAUCAUCUAUGUUUUUUUACUUUACAAAUGUAUUAGAAUUAUGCUGUGUACAAGAGGCAAAACUUUUGCUGCAAAAUCUGUUCAUUUGUGCUUUCUAAACAUGUAAUGCAAUAUAUCAUGGCCCGUGCCAAAUGAAUCAGCGGGAGAAAAGAGCUGGCCAAAAGCCAA